CAGUGACAUCACAAGCAGCGAGGAAGGCGGCUGUAAUGAACCGUCGUUUCGAGUGAUAUGUGGUGCUGCUGUCUUUCGAUGAUAGUAUAGUCUUGUAUUUGGUUUUGCCAUCACACAUACUGGAAGUGAAAGCAGUAUAACGAUAUUACCGUGGAUUUAGUUGACGUUUGCUUGUAUUUGUUUGCUCGUUGUUGUACACGUGUGUGUAACGGAAAUUCCGCGCUGUGUUUUGAACUUUAAAUCCUCGUCUUGAACGUAAUCUGAUGUAUCUGCAUGUUCAGAAGGGGGCGAGGCCCCAGAGAGUAAAUAUCAACUAAAGAGUGUGAUUCUUCGCGACGCCGUUCCUUGUUUUUGAAUUCUAGAAGAGAACUUCUGCAUGCGGAAAAUUAUUACGCUAGAAAAAUGUCUAAACCAAAUUUUGUUGAUGGCAUUUGUUUGAACUCUGACCACAUUGGACUUCUGAGUGUUGUGGAAGAUCGACUGGACAAAUUAAUCAAGAAAGAACCCAUCACCAAUGUUUACAACGUUGAGCACACUCCGUUUGCAAGGGGGAAGUUCGCGAUGGUGCGCAAGUGCAGCUGCCCUCGCGGGGGCGGCGAGUUCGCGGCCAAGUUCAUCCGCAAGCGGCGGCGCGCGGCCGACCAGCGGCAGGACAUCGUGCACGAGGUGGCCGUGCUGCGCCUCGCCGCCGACCGCUGCGCGCGCAUCGUCGCCCUGCGAGACGUCUUCGAGACGCCCUCCGAGAUGGCGCUCGUGCUCGAGAUGGCAUCUGGUGGUGAGCUGCAAUAUGUACUAGACCAGGAGGAAAGUCUGGAAGAAGCACAAGCCUCCAGGAUUAUGCGACAAAUAUUAGAGGGUCUGACCUUCCUGCAUGACCACAACAUUGCACACCUAGACUUGAAGCCACAAAAUUUACUGUUGACUGGUGCAUACCCAAAUUGUGAUGUAAAGCUGUGUGACUUUGGAAUUUCAAGAGUAAUCUGCAAUGGAGUUGAAGUUAGAGAGAUCCUGGGAACUCCAGAUUAUGUUGCACCUGAGGUACUUAACUAUGAACCAAUAAGCUUGGCAACUGACAUAUGGUCUGUUGGUGUCCUGGCUUAUGUUUUACUGACUGGUUAUUCGCCUUUUGGUGGAGACACAAAGCAGGAAACAUUCUGCAAUAUUACUCAAGGAGAACUAUCAUUUCCUGAUGAGCUUUUCGAAGGUAUAUCAUCCACAGCCAAGGAUUUCAUUUCUGCGACUCUAGUCAAGAACCCGAGACGGAGACUGUCUACUCAAGAUUGCCUUGCUCAUCCCUGGCUGUGUGGUGCUUUCAUCCAUCCAUCUGGUGGUGAUGAGAGGUUGAUUGUCGCCACCAGGACUGAUGGAAAUGAUGGCGAAUUGCUGCACAAUGGCGAAGUGAAAUAUAAGAGGUGCUGUAGUGAAAUACAUUUCACAGAGCAAAGUGAAAUGAUGGAACAAAAUGGACACACUUACGAGCAUGAAGCACAACUGUCCACUGCUUCCUCUAAAUUAAAAGGAGAUGAUGAAGUUAGGGAUAGAGAAUGUAAAGAAGCAGAUGAAACACCAGUGAACCAAACUGGAGUCCAGUGUCAUGAAUGUGGUAAUGGUAUCAAGAAUGAGGAUCAGUUUGCAGUAAUUCUUUCCAAUGGUGUGGUCCAUGAAAAAGACUGUAAUGGUGAGACUGCCAGUUCGGACUGUGUUGUCGGCUCUAAACAAGUAGAAUGUAGUGAAGAAGUAGAAUGCAGUGGCUGUCAUAGUGUAUGUGAAAUAAACAAAGAUAAUAGUAGUAGAGAACUAACACACUAUAAUGGUAUGACAGACGUAGGAAACUUAGUUCAUCUUAACGGAAGCAACGGAGUUUCAGGAUGUGAUUCAUUUGUACACAACAAAGUUAUAAGUAAUGGUUUGCAUCCAGAAACCACUAAAGGAUCUUCAGAGGUGUCAAAAAACUGUGACGAGAGAGAGGUUUGUGAGAAACAUGUGAAUGGCUUCAGAAAAAAUGAAGACAUAGUUGAUGUAAAUUUGUUUGUGGGACUGAGAAAUACUGUGAAAGGAUGUACAAAAUCUGUUCCUGGACUGAAUAUAGAAGAUGAAUUGUAUGUAAGAGGAACAAAAGAACACAUUGGAGACGUGAGAAACUCCAAUGAAAUAGAGAUCGACGAAGAGGGUUUACCAGUAAAGCGCUCGAAGAACUGCUGUCGGCGGUCCUCAUACCCUGUUUCCUCGUGCGCUUCGUGUGCCCAGUGCAAAGAGCAGUGCUGCCACCUACACCCCACACCUACCACGGACAUCCUGAAUCAUAUAGGGAGGCAACAUCGAAUUACCAGUAUUUCGAAUCCUCCAGUUGAAAUAACCGUGGACAGGGGAAUCACUUGUUGAAACCAAAACAUGCAGCCCCAUUAUUUGUGUAUUAACAGUGCGUCAAGUACAACAGACUCGCUGGCCGAGAUUUGCUUUUGAUGGUGCAGAUAAAGUGAGAGUUCUGUGUAGCAUGCUUGCAUAGCACAUGCUUAAUUUUACUGAAUGUGUGUGAAAACUAUUUAGAUUGUAUGAGAGAGAAUGUGUUGUAUGAAUGUCCCAAACAAAUGUGCGAUAUUAUACGAGAUAUAACCUUGAAACAAAUUUUUCGAAAGCACAAGUGAAUGGCCAUUGUUGAAAUACAUCAGUUCGAAAGAUAAUUUGUGUCCAUUUAUUUAUCAACAUAGCAGCAGACCACUAAAAUUACUUCAUGGUCUUCAAAACUCUUAUUACUCAAUAUUCACUGUCUCUCACCAUGGCUGUAAAGUUGGUGGGUGUUGCCCUGACAUUCCCUCUAUUUUUGUUUGUAUUCCUUCUUUUGUAAUCACAGAAUGAGCUACUUACUGACAGCAGUGUAUCUGUCAAGGAUGUAUGGGAAUUCUUCCCAUAAAAUGACUGUUUUUAUGAAUUUGUGACUUUAGUUUAUAUUAGAUGACAGCACAGUGCUGUUAUUUAUUGCAUAUAGAAAGAAAUGCAAUGCGAAACUGUGGUAUGAAAUAUUUAUUUCAUUUGUGGAGGUCAAAGUGAAACACAAUAUCCGGAUUUAUCAGCUUGUAUGCCUCCAGUACAAAUAUAAAUGUGCACAAAUUUAAUAUUUUGUCAUUGACCUGUUCCAUCAUGAGCUUUGCUGCUGGAGAGAGGUAGAGAGAAUUAAAUCAUCUUCAGUACAUACCUCAGCCAAAAAGGUGUUUUCCUUUCAAGCACGUUGUAAAGAUGAUUAAUUUCGAACACUAGGUAUGAAAGGCAUUUAAAUUGUCUUAGUUAAUUCAGUAAAUUGAACAUAUAAUAAUAAUAUGAAUAACAUUCAUAUACAAGUUAAAUGUAGUUUGUGUUUCUGGAUUUAUUCUGUACUGAAAGAAAAGUUUUUAUAUUUUUUCACAUCUCUUAAAUUAAGCCAAGGAUAAUCGCUGGUUGAUUAGCUUCUGCGCCGUCAUCGUAAUAGAGGGAACAUUGAAAAGCCAUUGUCUGACAGUGGACACAUACUCCAUUUUAUUUCUUUAGAAGCUGGAGUGGAUUAAUUUGUUGUUGUUUAACUGAAAGACUACAGUUAUGUGGUGACAUGGACAGCUUUAUUUCACAGUUGAAGUCUGGUAUACAUUUUCAUUUGCCUUUGUAUCUUCUUGUAUUCUGUCACUUUGAAAUAAUUUUAUUUUUUUGUAGUAUUUGUGCAGUCAUUUGAAAUUUGUUUUGUUUUUAUUGUAUAAAUAUAUUGGCUGUGUUUUGUGACAUAGUUGGUGAUAAUAUUUUCUUGUACUAGAAUUUUCAAUGGUUUACUGCAGAUAUUUCAUAUUGCUUACCCAUGUUUUACAGUAGUCUAAUGCAAAAAAAGUCAGUCUUCAGUCAAUGAUUAAAUGUAGUUUAUUCCAUGUUGUAAAUAUGCUCAGUUGUUGGAUUACUUCUGUACACCUAAGGCCAAAGAUAGACAUAAGGUAAUUUUAUUUUGUCUAAAUCGUUCUUAUUUCUAAAAGGUGUUUCUUUACAUUUUUCUGUGUAACAGUAUCUUGCAAUAAAUGCAAUCAUUGUUUUGUUGGAA